AAGUUGCUGAUGUUAUCGGGCGUGGGACCGCGCAAGCAUCUUGAAAAGCUGGACAUACCGGUGGUGCACGACCUGCCAGUUGGUUCAAAUCUACGCGAUCACAUAGCCCUAAGGGUUCAGUUUAAAUUGGAAAACACAUCUUUCGACGCGUUUGAACAGACGAGGCACAUCGAUUUAUUAUACCAAUUCCUGACUCGCAACAACAGUCAGUUUGGUAACGGAUCCAAUAGUAUCACCACUUUCGUAAACACCAAAGGUGACAGCGAUUUACCAGAUAUGCAAUAUCACUACACACUACACCAACAAGGCGAUGUUGAGUCCAUCAGAGUCAAUUUUGCAGGACGUGGCGAGAAGUACACAGCGCGCUUAAUUCGGCAAUUAAGGAAGUCACAUUUGAUCUCCUUUUUAUUGUUGUCGACCAAGCCUCGCUCCGCAGGCAAAGUACGUCUGCGCAGUUCCGAUUACCUUGAUCAUCCACGCAUCUUUUCGAAUUACUUUAGUGAUCCCGAAGACUUGGCGACUAUAUUGCGCGGGAUACGCUUCAUCGAACGCUUAGAGCGCACAAAGGCCAUGCGGGAACUAAAUGCAACCCUGUUGCGUAUACCACUCGAGGAGUGCGAUAAGUACAAGUACCGUUCGGAAGCCUACUGGCGUUGCUACGUUAAAUACUUCGGAGAGGCGGGUUAUCACCAGACCGGCACGGUGAAAAUGGGCCCCAGUAGCGAUCGGGGUGCGUGUGUGGAUCCACGCUUACGACUUUAUGGUGUGGAGAACUUGCGAGUGGCCGAUGCCAGCAUAAUGCCCGAUGUGCCACAUGGAAAUACGAAUGCACCGACGAUUAUGAUUGGCGAAAGAGGGGCGGACUUUGUAAAACAGGAUUGGAAAGAGGAUGACCAAGGGGCGAAUGAGUCAAAGUGACGUAGUUUAAAUGCAUUAUAAGUCGAACAAUUUCUUUUACAAUCACGUUUUUUUUAACUAAUCCUCCUCCGAAAAUAAAUGCAUAAAUUUCUAUUCA